AUGUUUAUUAAAUUGUUACCACUAGUUGUGGCUCUAUGUGCCUGUUUCGGCUCUUCAUAUAGCUCAGCCAGAGACCAGAAAAAAACACUUAAAUACUCUGACUCACCUAAAUGGGAGAAUUUUAUCCCUCAUUCCUCAAAAGAACAAGUCCAAAGAUUCUUCGCAAUUGGAGAUUUCGGAGAUUAUAAAUCGAAAGAAAAUAUCGAUGCCAUGACAGACAUCAUGAACAAGCUUGCUGCGAAAGACCAGUAUGACUUUAUUACAACAAUGGGUGAUAAUUUUUAUCCAAACGGGAUAGAAUCAAUGAAUGACCUGGACCUUCCUGAUAAAAUCAUGAGCUUUUUCCAGAAGGGAAAUAUCAGGAACCUCAAAAUGUUUCCAACCCUUGGCAACCAUGACUGCUUCAGUGAUUACUACAACCAAGUGUUGUACAGUGAUUACAACAAACAAUGGGAGAUGGAGUCUGAUUACUAUGAACUCAAAUACAACCUGAAAGAUGAUCCCUCGAAAUAUCUUGUCAUGCUCAUGACCAAUACCUGCUUGCUCGCAUGCAACACUGCUUUCAAACUUGAACCGGGAGAGAAUGGAUCAGGCUGAGAUGAAAUGAAUGUAGACAUUGGUAACGAGUCUGUCCAGAUUCAUUACCAAUGGCUGGAAAACAAACUGAAGAAAUAUUCCAAGGAUCCUGAUGUUGCCUGGCUUGGAGUUGUUGGCCAUCAUCCUCCAAUUCUUGAAGCUUCCUUGAAAAAUGAUAUGCUCCCUCUCCUACAAAAGUACAAAGUUGAUUUCUUUUUGGCUGGCCAUAAGCAUCAAUUUGAGUAUGCUAACAUUGAUUAUGAUGAAGAAAUCAGAUUCCCUGGAAAAGAUAGAGGCCCAGUUCUUAAAGACUGAAAGAAAAAGAAAGUCAAAGAAAUCAUCAAUACCGAAUCUCGAGAACAAUAUUUUGUGAAAGGUAAAGAAUUACAUCAGUUCAUGAUUGGAGGAAGUGGGAGAAAAAUGAAGAAUAUCUGUCCCUAUAAAGACCAAGAUGGGCAUGUAUACAUCCAAAAUGCCCAAAAGAAUGGUCUGGCUACUAUAGAAGUAGACUCUAAGAACUUCAAUGUCAAGUACCACAACGAUGGGGAUCUGUCUCACUUCUAUUCAGUUACCAUUUCUUCUGAAUAAAAUCCCG